UUUGAUCGAUUCAGUUUUGCGGACAGUAAAUUUUCGUGAGGCUGUUGGAAGUUAUUUUAACAUAAUGAAUAACUCAGCCUAUGCAAGUAAAAUUGAAAUCGGCAGAAAGCACACCGUUUACAAGAAAGAUGUUUUGCCUAAACGUUUAACACGCGAAAUUAACAAUUCUUUUGACGUCGAUAAUGCAGUUAAGCUACAACUCGAAACUGUCAAGACGCUGAAGCAAGAUGUACAAAAAAGUAGACAGAAGGUUGUACAAGCAAUUGGCAAAAUCCUUUCUGAAAACACGUACCAGUAUGAAUGCUGUGCUAAAUUUGGCCAGGAUUUUCUUGAAGAUAUGCUGAAUUCAAUUACCACUGAAGAAAGUAAGUUACGAAACCAAGUGCUUGGUGAGCAAGAGUCAGUAGAAAUGUUCAAAUGUGCUGUAUCUGAAAGACAAGUCUCAGCUACCCACCUGGAAGCUGCAAGAAUGAAGAGAGAUGAAAUAACUCAAAAUUUGUGUGUAAUAGUUGAAGCAAGAGAAAGGGUGUUUUCAGCACUUGAAGUGUUGCAUGCAGUUUCACCAACCAAGCCGAACAAGCUUGAUUGUACCUUAAAUGAGCUGAAGGCCUCUGUGCUUAAACUGAAAUCAGAUUAUACCUGUGCAAAUGAAUCGUUGAAAGAGGAACUUGAUAAACUACAAACUUACACAAAAUGGCAAAAGACACCAGCUUUAAUGAUUAAGCAGUUAAAAGCUCCCACUCAUACAAAGUCAGCUCCUAAUUUAUCUUUAAUUUAACUUUCGUUUAUUCAUUCGGUUUAUUCAAGUUGUUUAUUGCACUAAUAAUAUAUUUGGUCAUGCAGAUUCUAUAUUUAUGGUGCCAAAAAUUAAAGGUGGCCCAUGGCUAAUCGUCAUAUGAAAAAUAAAUACAUUAUUAGAUCAUGCUAGGUAAACCAUACAUAUUUUGAAACGUUCCACAGAAGCUUUCAUUUACCUAAGGCUAGGUGCAUGUUCAUUUGUUAUUCCAUUGUUUUAAUUGUGUUUUCCUGUAUUUAAUAAUGUUUAACAUUGUGCUCCCUUUUGUUUAUUAUUCUUUAUAUAUGACUGUCAUGUUGAACUUGCAACUUGUAUAACCCAUAACCUUCAUAUUGAAUUUUUUUGUCAGUUCCAACCAUGUGCACUUUCUAUAAGCCCACAUUAUUUUAAACUCUUUUCCACUUUCAGAGGCACCUGUUAUAGUUUUUAUGGAUUAUAAAAUAAACACAAAGUAAAGGAAAA